ACUUGAUUGUGAUGAGUGAGACAGGUGGGACAGCAGUGGACGAUGAGGAGCUUGUCCUGCUAAGCAACUGUACAGCGCUGCUGUUGGCAGGCCGCGAAAGCCAACAUCAUCUGCUGACCAACUCCAGCGGCGACGUCCUCAUCCUAUCACUCAAACAGUUCUUCAGCGAUCCGAAAAACUCCGAACUGCAGAACAACUUCAUCGAGUGCUUCCUCUCAAGACAGGACGCACCUUUUCAGCUCUACUGGUGGCAGAAAUGCUUCUGGAUUUGCCUCUUCCUGCCCAUGCUAUUUGUUGCUGUUGCAGGAAACAUAAUCGUCAUGUGGAUUGUUCUUGCGCAUCGGAGAAUGCGGACUGUCACCAAUUAUCUGUUGGUGAACCUGAGUUUGGCUGAUCUCCUAAUGUCACUGCUGAACUGCAUUUUCAACUUUAUUUUCAUGGUGAAUUCGCACUGGCCCUUCGGAGCGUUCUACUGCACUGUCAACAACUUUGUUGCCAACUUCACUGUGGCUGACUCAGUAUUCACUCUGGUUGCCAUUUCUAUUGACAGAUUUUAGGGAUGUUAUU